CGCCUCCCUGUCCCCUCUUCAACCUCACACAUCCCUCCAAACCGGCCAACUCGACUCCUUUCCACGACUCCAACACCCACGACCCGCGCACUGCAGCAGCGACUCGGAAUUUCACACGAUCGAACCCAUCUCGCCAAUCCCGCUUCUUCACGCCCUCGACGCACGUUGCGGACACAGACGUCCUCUUACUGAACCUCCACCCUCGCUUUGCGCCCACAUCCCCCUUGAUACGGACGAACACACGCCACCGAGAGACUCCAGGGCCGGAACACACCACUCCCACUCGGCCGGGACGCACCCAACGGACACGUUACCAAUUGGACGACACACCGCUGCAGUGACGGACUCACCCGGCAUCUGGUAGCCAUGGCGUCCUGGUACUCCAACCUUCUCACCAAAACCUCGUCCCAGAUCUCCAACCUCCGCUCCACCUACCUCGCGGGCGACGCCGACGGCGACACCGAAGACGACACCCACGUGUGCCGCGUCCUCCGCGGUUACUACGGCGAGAAGGGCCGCCCCUUCCCCUCGUGGCUGCCCCCGGACCCCAAGGCCGCGGCUCCGACGCAGCCCGUCCUCGUCAACAACCAGGCCGGCGCUCGUCGCGGUGCCGUCGGCGGCACGCCUCAGACUGCCGGCGGGCUCAGCAGCCUGUGGGAUAACAACGCAGCCGCCGCCGCGCCGCCGCCCCAGAGCCUGCGGGCCGGGAGGACGCCCGCGUCGCUGCAGCCCGGCGGUGACAUUGCGCGAAGGCCAGUGCCCGGCCAGCGCGCAGGGAGCCAGCAGAGCGUCUCGAGCCAGUACAGUCGACCCGAGGCGGCGAGCGUCCCUCCUGCAGGCGCGGCCGGUGGUGGCCGAUCUGCCCAGGAUCUUCUACGACAGCGUCUCUGGGGCGGUUCGCGCACCACGAGCCCUUCUCAACAAGGCAGCAGCCAAGGUCCAUUUACACCGCCAGCUCCAUCUGGCGGUAGCGGAGGAGGAGGGGGAGGGGGAAACUACGAGGAUAGAUUUGCGCCUGGUGGCAUGUACGACAAUCCCGGUAGCGGUGGUGGUGGAGGAAACGACAGGCCAGUAAUGAGCGCCAAUGCUCCUUGGUCCAGUGGUGGAGAUGACUACUAUAACGGAGGUGGUGGAGGCGGUGGCGGCGGCGGAGGAGGACGGCCAGCACGGAGACAGCCUGGGCUACCGAGCGGACCCAGAGGGUAUAGAUGAGCCGGAACCUCUUAUAGUUGAGAGGGAUCCUCGGACCUGUUUACUUACACACCGUCCCUGCCGGUGGCGUUGCGUUGCGUUAUGUUGAGCACCCAUAGAAUGGCGUUAUACCCGGAGGUAAUACGAGCAACUUUUACCUGGUUCCGAUCAAAAAC